AUGGACAGUAGCUUCGCGGACGAGGACCACAACGCGCCUGGUCAGGCAUCAGAUGACUUGAUUGCGGUGGAGAAUGAGGCGGUGGAGGGCAAGGAGGAGGAGCAACAGGACACAGCCAUGGCAGAUGACGUGAAGGCACAAACAACCGACGACGCUAUCGCCCAACCCAUAUCAGACAACCCGCUCGACGCGCCCGAUGCCCCCGCUCCCGAAGCCGCAGCAGAGGAUGGUGGCGAGGAUGAGGAGAUGGGCGAUGCGAAAGACGGCACGGCUACAGUCGAAGCGACGGAUGUUGUGCCAGCAGUCACGAAAAGUGUGAUCGAGCAGUCGGCGCGCGCACAUCUGGUCGAGCAGAACCACGCCAUCAUCCUCCCCUCAUACAGUGCCUGGUUCGACAUGCACGACAUCCACAGCAUCGAGCGGAAAGCACUACCCGAGUUCUUCAACAACCGCAAUCGGAGCAAGACGCCGGCCGUGUAUAAGGAUUACCGGGAUUUCAUGGUCAAUACGUAUCGGCUGAACCCGUCCGAAUAUUUGACUGUCACGGCGUGUAGAAGAAACUUGGCUGGAGAUGUCUGUGCGAUCAUGCGCGUGCAUGCUUUUCUGGAGCAGUGGGGUUUGAUUAACUACCAAAUCGACCCAGACACCCGACCUUCAAACAUUGGCCCACCCUUCACUGGCCACUUCCGCAUCACAGCCGACACCCCACGAGGCCUACAACCCUUCCAACCCGGCCCGGCCACCACAACCACAUCUGGUAAGCCACACCCGAGCACCGACCGCGCAGCGACAGCCACGAAAGCCGACCUCAACCUCGAAGUACGGCGAAACAUCUACGACGACAAGGGGAAGGAAGUCACACCCGCCGCCAAGACCGAGGAUAGCAACGGCGAUGCGGCGAGGAGUCUAGAGGAUGGUCUGAAGCAGGACGGCAAACAGUACUUUUGCUACAGUUGCGGCAAAGACUGCACUCGUGUCCGAUACCACAACAGCAAAAACCCGCCCAGCGAAGCCACGACGUCGAAACCGACCAAAGAGCAACGCUACGAUCUGUGCAGUCUAUGUUUCCAGGAAGGCCGCUUCCCGAGCUCGACGACAGAUGCGGAUUACGUCAAGAUCGAAAAUGACCGAUACAAGUCCCUCGGCGACCGCGAAGCAGCUUGGUCGGAUUCAGAACUCCUUCUUCUCCUCGAAGGUCUGGAAAUGUUCGACGAUAACUGGGAAUCUGUUGCCGACCACGUCGCUUCCCGAACACGAGAACAGUGCGUGGUCAAAUUCCUGCAACUCGAGAUUGAAGACAAGUACCUCGAAGACGCUCCCUCCACCAACGGCCACGCCAAUGGUGGAGGUGUUGGCGCACAGGAUCUGAGUUAUUUGUCUGGCGGCAGACUACCCUUCAGCCAAUUCGACAAUCCCGUCAUGAGCGUCAUGGGCUUCCUCGCUGGUCUCGCGGAUCCGGCCACCACCGCUAAAGCGGCGGGGAAGAGUGUGGAGGAGAUGAGGCGGACGCUCAAGCUUCGAUUGGAAGGCGAUAGUGCUUCGGGAGCCGAGGGUGCAGAAACCGCCAAGGACUCGACCACGGACGUUAAGGGCGAACGUGCGGAGUCGAUGGAGGUGGACGACACCACCUCCCUCGCCACCCGCGAGCCUCCCACCACCACAACAACGUCCUCGUCAUCCCACGAUCUCCCGACCACAGCCCUAAGUCUCACAGCCGCCCGCUCUGCCGCCCUGGCCUCCCACACGGAGCGCCAACUCUCCGCCCAAGUCUCCGCGGCCGUGAACCUCCAACUCCAGAAACUGGAGCUCAAGCUCCAGCAGUUUGGGGAGAUGGAGGCGUUGUUGCAGGCGGAGAGGCGGGAGGUGGAGAGGAUGCGGCAGAGGUUGUUUUUGGAUCGGUUGGCUUUUCGGCAGAGGGUCAGGGAGGUCGAGGGCAGGAUGGGGGGGGUGAAGAUUAAGGUGGUGGGGCAGGAGGGGGCUGGGGUGGGUAUGGAAAUCGCGGGUGUUGGUGGGGCUGGGGGCGAGGGGCUUGGUGGAGAAGGGGGAGUGGAGCCGUAUGGAGAGGGGAUGGAGGGGUUUAUGAGGCAUGAGAUUUAG